AUGGCCAGCCCCACGGAGCGCAUCCCUAUGAAAAUCGACGUUCACCACCACAUCUUCCUUCCCGAGCUCUCGAAGCGCAAGGCUGGCCAGAACGCUGUGGUAGGAUGGAAGACGCCGGAGGAGAACGUGCCGUGGAAUAUUCAGAAGAGCUUGGAAGCGAUGAACAAGCUUUGCGUCGCCGGCGCGAUACUCAGCUAUCCUGCUGGCAUCCCGGAGAACCUUGUCGACAGCCCGUUUCGCGCGGCUCCAACGUGCAGCAAAGGCGGCCUGCGGGCUGUUGACGAAGAGACGCGAAAUGAGAGGAACAGGGAAGUUGUUCGAGAGUUGAACACGCACGCAAAAGGACUCUGCGACGCCGCAGAAUCGGAAGGACGCUUUGGAUGGUUUGCAUGUCUUCCAGACUUGCGGAACGUCGAAGGUACCUUGCGAGAGAUUGCGUACGCGUUAGACGUACUGCACGCAAACGGCGUCAGUCUUUCGACCUCCUACGGCCAAGGGCCUGAAGCUAUUUACAUUGGUGACGAUCUCUUCGAUCCUGUUUGGGCUGAACUCGACCGGCGUGGCGCAGUCGUCUUCCUCCACGGCACGCAGACUCCAUCUUCGACCCCUUAUCCUCAUGCAUUUCUUGGACUUCCCAUCACCGAGGUACCGAACGAAACGUUCAAGGCGGCAUCUCAUCUUGUCGUGACAGGCAAGAAACGACGAUAUCCCCACGUCAAGAUAAUUCUCGCGCACUGUGGCGGAAGCGCGCUGUUCCUAGCAUCGCGGGUCGCCGCCCUGUCUGCACACAUGGGCAGCGAACUCACGCCAGAGGCGUGUUUGGAAGACUUUGGAACGUUCUACGUGGAGACUGCGCUUUGUGGACAUGGGACCACAAUCCAGCUUGUGGAGAACAUGUUGGGCCGGUCGAAGAUCCUCUACGGCACCGAUUUCCCUGCCGUGAGCGUUAAUACGAUUGAAUGGUUCACAAAACACCUGGCAGCCCACUACGCAGGCGAUGCCGCUGCGCUCGAGGAAGUAACUACGGGCGCAGCUUUAAGGUUGUUCCCUCGAUUCCAGGACAUGGCGAACAAAGGAAUCGAGCAGAGCUCCCAGGGACAAUGA